AUGAAUAACCUCAGGACAUUACUCAACUCAUACCGAGAAGGACUCACAGACAACGAGUACGAUUACAUCACCAACUUCAAGUGUAAGUCAAGUUUAUUCUACGGUAUCCCUAAAGUCCACAAAAGCAAAGUAAUUAGUGAAGCAUGUAAAAAAGCUACUGAUGUAUUCAUCAAAAUCCUCUCACCGAAAAAUCUAAAACUUAGACCGAUAAUAGCAGGCCCAGCAUGCGAAACUCACCGCCUCAGCAACUUCUUAGACACACAUCUAAAACCUUUCCUCAAUCACAUUAAAAGCUACAUAAGAGACGAUAUAGACAUGCUUAACCACCUCCCAAAAACAGUCAAUGAAAAAACCCUACUAGUAUCCUUCGACGUAGUUAACCUUUAUUCAAACAUCCCCCACAUCUUAGGAAUAGAAACGAUCACUUUCUGGCUAAACAACUACUCCUUUGAACUACCAACUCGCUUAAAUAAAGAGCUUGUUAUAGAAGAACUAAGAUUUAUAUUACAAAACAAUUACUUCAUAUUUAAUAAUAAUUAUUACAGACAAAGAUCAGGAACAGCCAUGGGUACGCGUACUGCACCUUCUUUCACUAACCUAGUAAUGGGUUACAUCGAAAUAAUUCUUUACAAGAAAAAUAUGGGAACUCUUUCUCCAACUAUAUCCAGAACAAUUGGAAAAGAUAUCUGGAUGACUGCUUCAUCCUCUGGGAGGAAAGCAUAG